AGAAGCUCCCCAGCCGCAAGCGCGGGACCUGCUUCUCCUUAAUCUUUAUUUGUCAAAAUUUUGUUUAAAAGUAAUGAUUUUUGUUGAAGUUUUGAUGAUCAAGUUCUUAAAGGUACAAUCUUUAGAUUAAUCAGUAAGUGUUUGAUUAUGGAUUAAAAGCAGAGGUUUUUUUAGCAAGUUUUCUGAAUGAUGACUGUGGGGAUAUUUAUCCUCUCAGGUCUCGCCCAACCCUAGAGCAACUCAGCUAAAUAUCAGAAGAAGAAAAAAUUGCCCGAAAUAAAUCUUGAACCCAUCUUCUUCUUCUUCUCUCUCUAUUCAAAAUUAGCUAUAAAUGCUAGCAAUAGCAACACUCAAAGCCAUCGCUCUCUUAUUUGGUUUCUACUCUCUCUUGCUCUUUAAUUUUCUCUCUCUGCUGUGGUGCAUUUGUUGCAAGCUGAGACCUUUCUGCUAUCCUAAAAUGGCGAAGCCUUGCAGCUCCAUCUUACCUGCAGGUAGGCGGACCGCCAUUCGGGAUUUUAUUUUCUGCGGAGUAGGCUAUGUCUGAGCUCGGAGAAAGCAGGGAGCUUUCCUUCUGCAGCCUUUCCUCUUCCUCCCUGUUUUUCUGAGUUUCUCUGAAACCUACUCUUUUUUUAGCCUUUUUGUUGGUAGACUUGCUAGGUUAGGUAGGAGAAGGGAGGGUGAGGGGACAAAUGAACAGUACGGCGGCAGCGGUGGGGUUAGGAUGCAGACCACCGUUCACGGCGUCGCAGUGGGAGGAGCUCGAGCACCAAGCUCUCAUUUUUAAGUACCUCAUAGCAGGUAUUCCCGUCCCACCCGAGCUGCUUCUGCCGAUUCGAAGGAGUUUUGAGACCAUGGCCACCCGCUUUUAUCAACAUCCAGCUCUGGGUUACUGCUCCUACUACGGCAAGAAACUCGACCCAGAACCAGGCCGUUGCCGGAGAACAGACGGCAAAAAAUGGCGGUGCUCUAAAGACGCCUACCCUGAUUCCAAAUACUGUGAGCGGCACAUGCACCGCGGCCGCAAUCGUUCAAGAAAGCAUGUGGAAACGCCGCCAGCCCUCUCCCAGUCUCAGUCCUGCUCCACCGUGACCUCUCUUGCUCCCACCUCUCUGGGGAGUUCCGCCACCGGAACUGGAGGCGGCGGCGCCGUUUCAGUCGCCGGAGGAAGUUGCAGCAGUGGGAGCUUUCACAACCUUCCUCCCCACUCCAUUUCUUCAAUUUAUCAUCAUCAAAGUACUGGACUUGGCGCUGUGGCUUCCUCCCAUCUUAGCAUUGAUCCAGCUUCAUAUGGAAACUUUGCCACCAAAGAUUUCAGGUACGUUCAUGGAUCAAAAACCAGCCUUGAGGAACGCGGCCUCUAUUCUGACGCUCCUGCAAGCGCGAGACUGCUCAGCAUGGACUCCUCUUUCGACACUUCAUGGCGCCUGUUGCCAUCUCCGGCCACCGCAUCUCCAUCUUCAAAAGAUAAAGAUGGCUCAUUUCUCCAUGGCAACUACUCCCAAUUUCAGCCUCUGCAACAGCUCGGCCAAGUGACCAUCAGCUCCUUCCCAAAACCAAAUCAUCACCAGCACCAACAUUCCUUCUUCGGCUCCGAUUAUGGAUCCGCAGAGUCUCCGAUCAAGACCGAUCAACCUUUACGACCAUUUUUCGAUGAAUGGCCCGGUACGAGAGACUCGUGGUCAGAUUUAGAAGACGAUAGAUCCAACCGCAACUCUUUCUCCACCACGCAGCUCUCCAUAUCCAUUCCGAUGUCGUCUUCUGAUUUCUCUACCACGAGUUCUCGAUCCCAAAAUGAUGAUUAAGAAGCCUUCUGAGUUCGAAGCUGGAUUCAUUUUAAAUCAGUUGCAGCAGCAAUUUAUCAUGUCCAUGGCUGCUUUGUAUGACUGUUACUGAGCUGUUUUUUCUUCUUGUUCUCUGUCCAGACUUAAAUGUUCAUCAUUUCUUUCACAAUUAAGCAAACUUUGUUUCCUUCUAAUACUUUUAUGCUUUAUCUGGAGAAA